UGACACUAUAAAUGAAGGAAAGAUAGCUGCUGGUAUUCAUAUAAAAGUCAAAUCCGCCAGCAUCACCACAUGAAAAGGUGCCCUCUGAACUUCCACCAUUGCUAUCAACACCAGCAAAAUACGGCUUGCCAUUUACGAAAGCAACAAGAGCACUUCCUGAGUCUCCAGAGCAUGUGCCAUUGCCUAGCGUUAGCGAGCGCUCGAUGCAGAUGCGGGGCCCGUUGCUUGAAUAGAACGUAUCGUGCAAGUACUUCUUGACAUGGGUCUUGCAUGGGUCGAUGCUGCCAAUCUUGACUUCAGUCUUCCUUGAGCGGAUACGACGGGACUGCGAGGGUCUGUCGCAUGUUGGUCAGGCCCCAUCCGAUUGCCGUAGCAGACAUUCCAGGGAAGAGGGAGCCUUUGUACACCGGGAUUGCGGCCACACUGACUCCAUCAAGCGGCAGAUCUGGGAGCUCCAGGACGGCAAUAUCGUUCUUCAAACCGGUUCGAGUUGUACUGGGAGUGCACAAAUACUUUGCACGACGGAACCAGGGUCUGCGAGAUAUACACGUUGUUUCCAUAACCAACAUAGGUGUUCUUGGGAAUUGCACGCUCGCCAGUUGGCAGUUCGAACAACACAGUGGGCAGCGGUAACGACGUGGUUCCUGGAGAUAAUAGUGCCGCCGCAUUUUGACAGGCUGCCAUCAGAAUAUACAGUCUUGAUAAUCGAUGCAAACGGGUACUUGUUGACAGGCGCUACGUUGCCACCGACAAUGCGCUUGGCUAGCCGUAUGUUGGGUAUCUUUAUCCAAACCGGGUUGCGGGAUGCCAAGAGCAGUGGCUGCAAGAGUAAUCCCGAAAGCGACCAGAAAACUUCAUAAUUUGGACUAUCAAGUGAUUGGGAAGAGGAAAUGCGAGAAUCAAAAUAUUGCUGGCAGAAUAACACCGGAUGCCGCUUGCCUUCCUCCGCCGCAGGUCAUCCAGUUUAUAUAUCACUGAAGCCACU